GGCAGUCCCAGACAAUUGUGAAGUUUUCAAAGUCUCUCUCUGCUGUUCCGAAUUUGGGCUCAAAACUGAGGAGCUAAGCCACUUGCCAAAAUGUGCAAAGGACUUGCGGCUUUGCCCCAUUCAUGCCUGGAAAGGGCCAAGGAGAUUAAGAUCAAGUUGGGAAUUCUCCUCCAGAAGCCAGACUCGGCUGUUGACCUUGUCAUUCCAUACAAUGAGAAGCCGGAGAAACCAGCCAAGACCCAGAAACCCUCGCUGGAUGAGGCCCUGCAGUGGCGUGACUCCCUGGAUAAACUUCUGCAGAACAACUAUGGACUUACCAGCUUCAAAAGUUUCCUGAAGUCUGAAUUCAGUGAGGAAAACCUUGAGUUCUGGCUUGCCUGUGAGGACUACAAGAAGAUCAAGUCCCCUGCCAAGAUGGCUGAGAAGGCAAAGAAAAUUUAUGAAGAAUUCAUCCAAACAGAGGCUCCCAAAGAGGUGAAUAUUGAUCACUUCACAAAGGACAUCACCAUGAAGAACCUGGUGGAACCUUCCCUGAGCAGCUUUGAUGUGGCCCAGAAGAGAAUCUAUGCCCUGAUGGAAAAGGAUUCACUGCCUCGCUUUGUGCGCUCUGAGUUUUACCAGGAAUUAAUCAAGUAGUAAUUCAGUUGGGCUAUGACAAUCACCCUGUGAGUUCUUUCCUCCUUAAUAACCCUAGCAUUUUCCAGCAACCUGCAUAUCUUCCCAUAGCAGCUUCGUUCAAAGACACCCAAACAGGGAAAAUCCUAGGGAGUGUUGCUUACCCUUUUCGUGCACUUUGUUCCGGUUGUUUAUCUAUUGUCUGAAUGCCUUCCUUUCCCGGGGUUCUUCUUCCUGUCCCGAUCUUAAUGAAGUUCUACUCAGUGUGUUCUUGUCAAAGCUAAACAGAAUCACAGAAAAAUUCUGCUGAAGGCAAGCAAAUAUAAGACAAGAAUAUGAUAUCAUUGAAUGUAGGUCUGUUUGGUUUGGGUAAUGAAUCUGUGCCUAAACUGGCCUGAAAAGAAUGUGGAUGUAGAAAGACCAAUUUCAAGUGAGAUUAAUUGAUCUCAUUUGUUGCUUUCAUUCUGACCCAGGGGCAAUCACCCCUGUAUUUCUGACUUUGGUUAGUAAAAGGCGAAACGGAUUUUAUGAGGCAGCCAUUAUUUGAUUUUUUAAGCAAAUACAUUAUUUAAAAUAUCAAUUUUCCUUUUAGAGCAUCUUUGUGCUGGCUGGAGAUCACUAACAAGAUAUACGAACAUGAAUGUGUCAUGUUUAUACAAAAUGAAUAUGAACACAAUCCAAAUUGAGUCUUUAUACCUCUCUCAUAAUUCCCCCCACCCAGCUACCAUAUUCUGUAUUAAAUCAAUGACCUGGCAACGGAGUAUUUAAUAAAUGUAUAUAUGCCUCUUGUAUUUAGGCCCAAUGUUUCAAUUUUCAAAUUAUUUUAAAUCCAUGUGAGUAGAAAAUUCCAAAAUUUUCAACUUCAAUCAUGUCAAAUAAAACAGAUGCUGUCCAGCACAGUGUCCCUUACCUCAGUAUCAGGAGAUCUAUAAGCUAAAAUGGAAAAAUUCUGUCAAGCCUAAAAUGGUUAAUUACCCUAUGAUGCCAUCUGUUUGUUUAGUAAAUGACAAUUAUCUUCAAAAUACCAAAUUAUCUUUAGAAAAAUUAAUUUGACUACAUGUAGAGGCUUUCUAAGUAAGACAGAGUUGCAAAGGACCCUGAAUUUUGCAAAAUAGUGUGACUUUUUUUUUUUUUUUGCAACCCCAUCUUGUCUCCCUAUUUUGCUCCCUGUGUUAGUGGAUUGUACUUACCCUCAAAGUGCACGUUUAUGGCCCAACGUGCCUCGCACGCAGCUGACUGAUAAGUCAUGAUUUUUUAAGUAGGUUUAAUCUUUUAAUUCUGUCUUUCAUUAUUAAAGUCUUGCUAGAUUUCUUUUUUUUAUCCUUAGUAGAUUUGAUUAAGUAGUGAUUUACAUAAUUUAGUAAUAAGGAGAAGCAAGCUAACCAUGUACCAGGCUAACCAAGAGGGAGACGUUGAGUUCAUUUUGAAAGAAAGUGUCUGUGAAGGGAUGAAUAAAAUUCCGAAAUGUUGAAGGAGAAGAUCAUAUUAUUUAGUCUUGUAUUUCCCCCUUUCACAUUCCUUUCUCCUCCACAUACUCCUAAUUUUUCGUGUUUGUGGCCCAUGUAUUCUGUUGUUUCCUGAGAAUACUGAAAGCGAAGCAGCCGUGUCACUGUAGUGUGCAGGCGAACGCUGGCGGUGUUGGUUGGCUCUUCUCUGUGUUGGCUCUUUUGAAGGACAGAACGUCCUCCUGAAUACUUGCCAUUUCACAUUCUGACAGCGGGUUGGAGUGAGUGGGCCCACUGCCAACAGUUGUCAGUGUGGUAAGUGUCCAUUCAUAGUUGGAAAUAUUGCUCACUUCAUAGUCGACAGCUAGUCCAGUGAGCAUCGAGAAGCCCUCCCCACAUACGUUUGUGUAGAAGUGAUACAACUCAGAGCAGAGCCUCCUGGCACCACCUUGCUCAGCAUCCGUCUACACUGCCCAAAUCAGUAUCAAAUCUCUAGCCCUUGACUUUCUCACGCAACUAGAAAUGUUAAGAACCCAAGCAUCUAGGCGAGUUAUUGUUCUUGGAUGCCAAAGCAUUUUUAAGCAAAAUGUGAAUUGAAUUGAAAAUUCAAAACUUUUUUUUUUCACUUGGUUUCAAAGAGCCGAAUGUUUGAAAAUGCCCAAGAAUGUACUAGGUAUUACGGAGCUCACCAGAUGGUUGACGUUACACAGACCCAGAUCAACUGUAUUCUCGAACGGACUACACACCCUAUGUCAGUGGGUAGGACUUGUGAGUGGGGGUAAGGAGGGCCUUCCCCUUCUCAUAGGCUGAACUCAGGAAGCAAAGGGCAGGAAAAGCACCACCAUGAGGGCAGUCGGCGAAGGAAAAAAAAGAUUGAAUCCUUUCCAGUCAAACGAUGGCAUGUAAUAUAUAUAUCUGUAUAUAUGAUUUUAAAUUUAUAGUUUACACACACAUUAGAAACUCUUCUAACACAUGAAGUGAUAAAACUAAGAGGAAUACAAGUAUCACAACCCAAAAUGAGAAAACACACACAUCACAAUUGCCUGAGAAAGGUUCUUUCAAAUCUUUUUAAAGUGUUUUUAAACUUGGGAAAAAGAAAAAAAAAAAAAACAGUGUUACUGGGAGUUUCCACAGUAACACAAAGAAAAUAACAUUCUUUUAGUUCUGGGAAAUUAGAAAAACUGGGAUGGUCUUUCCAGGAAAAAAAGAAAUGUGUAACCUCUCUUUAUCACUCCCUCUCCCUCCCCACCUCCCUCCCCACUUUCUCUCGAGUACAUUGCUGGGAAAGCAAGAAACUUAAUGCAAGAGUCCUGAGGUGCUUGGUGCUUUCAUUUUCCUCCCGUGUGGAAAUGGAACUACAGGUGUGAGUGACCCGGGAAGCAGAGAGGUAGCGGAGCCGAACUGUGGCCGAUGGGAAGAGGAGUAUACACCCAAGAUGAGGCCAGGGAA